CAAUCGUUCUGUUUGGCCGUAAGAUCUCGUUUUACAAGCAGGGGCAUCCUCUGCGCUGCGUCUGCCCUCCCGGGGAGCAAGGUGGGUUUUGUGGGGUAAAUAAGGACGCUUUUCGGAGGGCAGCGUUCCCCCGCCUCUGCCUUACAUAAAUGUUUGCGUGCCGUUAGUCGACCCCCUCUCUCUCUCCCUCUCUCCCCGAGGUUGAGUCUCACGCAGACAGAAGACAACUCUACGCACACACGGACACGUACCGGUCAGCGCACAUCCUUAUGCACACACCGUUUACAGACAGAGCCCACCCUCUCACUACCCCUCACACCCCCACUAUCUGAUGUGUCCCCGGCGCCGAGCUGGACGCGACACACAAGCGGCUGUAGCAUCCUCCUCCACAGCUCUACCCUCCUCCUCUUCCUCGCCAUCACCAUGUCCUCAUCCUCGCGCAAGAUCUCCUCGGAGUCCUUCAGCAGCUCGGUGGGCUCUGACUGCGGGCUCGAAAGUCCGGGGGGAGACGUCGGGGGAGAUGGUGGUCUGGAGCCCGCGGAGGAGCCCCGAGGAUGCCCAUUUUCGUCUUUCCCUUCUGCCCAGAGAGCGGUGCUGUGGAACGGACGCAGCCCCGUGGAGAGGUCGGUGUGCCCGGUGGGCGAAGAGCAGCAGGGACCGAGUGUGCCCCACAAACGAGCGACCAGGAGGAGAAGAGUGAACCUGGACUCGCUGGGGGAGAGUUUGAGACGGCUCACCUCACCCACGACACAGACUGUUCAGGAGGCUCUGCAGCGGACUCUUAACUUCUACAGACAGCAGGAGAUCAGGUGUCAAAGCAUUGAGGAAAAGAGAAGAGACAGAAAAGAGGAAAAGUGCCCCUUCCUAGAAAACUCUGGUUCAGAGGAGGAUGUUCUACAGAUCCUGCAGUACAUGGCUACCAUAAUGGGAGUGCCCUUCUGUGAGCUUCGAGAGCAUUUUGGAGAGGAGUUUUUUGGCCUGUGUUUUGAAGAGAAUGAGCGAGUGCUCCGUGCUUUGGGAGGAAACCUUCAAGACUUUUUCAAUGGCUUUGAUGCCAUUUUGGAACACAUUCGCACCUCCACAGGGCGCCGAGCUUCAUCUGAGAGCCCGUCCUUCCAGUGCAAGGACCCACAUGAGGAGGAGAAACAGCGGAGAAAAGUGCACAAAGUGUGUGAGGAGGAGCGGGCUAGCAGAGGGCGAGUGCUGCUGCUACACUGUUUGAACCCUGCUCCUGUGGUGGGCCUAGUCAUGCCAGGCCUCAUCAAAGCCGUUGCUAAGCGACUCUAUCACUCGGAGGUGGAGGUGGAGGAGGUUCCUCCUCUGACUCCUCUGCCCUCAGAGGACCUGGAGCAGACUGAUGGAGACUCCAGGAGUCCCACUCCCACAGCCUCCCCCACAGCCUCCCCCUCCUCCUCUCCCUCCCCUCCCUCCGCCUUCCCCACCUCCAGCCCCACUGUUUGCCUCUCCUUCCAGAUCCAGGAGACACGUUCUGUGUCCCUCAUCUCUGUCCCAAACAAAAGACCCCCUCUGUCUCUGUCCACCAACCCCAGCGACCUGCGCAUUGGCCUGGCCACAUUCUGCCGGGCCUUCCCUUUCCAUCUGGUGCUGGGACCGGGAAUGGAGCUGCUGCAGCUCGGAGAGGGGCUCAGAAAGCAGGCUCGCAUCGAGCCUCACCGGGUCCUCUCCUUCAGGGACUGUUUUGAGAUUGUUUCUCCCAAAAUGGAGCCUUCUUUCAAGGGAAUACUCCUAAGGCUGGCAUCUCCAUUUACCAUCCGCACCAGGCCUGACAUUGCACAGACUGGAACUAAGGAAAAGGUGAUGGAGUUGAAAGGUCAGAUGCUCCACGUCCCUGAGUCCUGUUCGCUGAUGUUCCUGGGCUCUCCUCGUGUAGAUAAACUGGAAGAGCUGAUGGGGCGCGGUCUCCAUUUGUCCGACAUUCCCAUCCAUGACGCCACCAGAGACGUGAUCCUGGUGGGAGAGCAGGCCAAAGCACAGGACGGCCUGAAGAAGAGGAUGGAUAAGUUAAAGGCCACACUGGAGCGGACACACCAAGCUCUGGAGGAGGAGAAGAGGAGGACAGUGGAUCUCCUCUACUCCAUAUUCCCGGGAGAUGUGGCUCAGAAGUUGUGGCAGGGUCAGCACGUUCCCGCCCGGAAGUUUGAUGAUGUCACUAUGCUGUUUUCGGAUAUUGUGGGGUUUACGGCCGUGUGCGCUCAGUGUACGCCUAUGCAGGUCAUCUCCAUGCUGAACGAGCUCUACACACGCUUCGACUACCAGUGUGGCAUACUGGACGUCUAUAAGAUUGAGACCAUAGGAGAUGCCUACUGUGUGGCAGGGGGACUGCAUAAGAAGGUGGACAGUCACGCCAAGCCCAUCGCUCAAAUGGCUCUGAAGAUGAUGGAGCUUUCAGAGGAAGUACUUACACCGGAUGGAAGGCCAAUCAAGCUGAGAAUAGGCAUCCACACGGGGUCAGUGCUGGCAGGAGUGGUCGGGGUCAAAAUGCCACGUUACUGUCUCUUUGGGAACAAUGUGACUCUGGCCAGCAAGUUUGAAUCUGGGAGCCAGCCGAGAUGCAUCAACGUCAGCCCCACAACAUACCAGUUGCUAAAAGACGACCGCUCCUUUUCUUUUACUCCCCGUUCACGACUGGAGCUCCCGGACAAUUUCCCCAAAGAGAUCCCAGGGACGUGUUACUUCCUGGAGGCGGGGACAUCUCACAGCCACGCCUCCUUAACCAGCUCACGCUCAGCCCCCCCAGCCGCCAUGAGGAAAGUGUCGUACAGCAUCGGGACCAUGUUUCUAAGAGAGACCAGUUUGUAGUGAGGAUACUGUGAGCCGGCUGCAUUUGAACCCGUGGACUAUGAUGGACUAUGCAGCAUACUGGACUGGAUUUUUCAAUACAAAAUCUGGAGAUACAACACAUUAUACUAGAAACAGUAUUCGUGUCUCAUCUAACACAUAAAACCCAUCGUAUUACAGAAUUUAGGAGAUAACAACAUUCAUAUUGCAGUAUAAAACAGUAACAGUCCUGUCAUUGGGGUCCAUGGAGGAGACGAGCCCCGGGGCAGAUGUUAUAAAGACAGUUUUGUUGGGAUCAGUAAUUCAGCUGAAGCGAUACUUGUUGAUUAGAGUAAACACUACUCAAAGAUGUUUGCUGUGCAUCAUGGCUGGCUGUACUGAGGACAUCACACUUUGGAUCAUGAGUCUCUUCAGUAUAUCGUAGUAUCAUGUGUUUUUGCAGAACACAGAAACAAGGGGAUAUAGCUUGGACUGUACGGAGAAGUCUAAUCAGGACUCAUGGCAAACGUAUGGUACGCAGCUCAUCUCAGCCUGUUGCUAUUAGCCCACAACAGAAUCAACAGCCAUUUAACACAUUUAGAACAGAGGAGAUCCCCACUCAGUGCCUUUACUGCUCCUGUCAGGACAAAGGACCACAUGGAUCUCUUCAGAUAUUGGAGUGUGUCUGCACAGGUAAUAUCAGACAUCUUCAUAGUCGGCGCCUUAACCCACUGAGCUAACAAGACAUGGUCCUCAGACCAGGUCUCUACUGUAAGUAAACAUGCUCCAAUAUCUGAUAGAAGCUCCGUUUGACUUUGUCCAGACCAACCAAUAAGAGACAAGACUUAGUGCAAACCAUUGUGUUGGAGGUUUGCAGGUUUCACACGUAGACGUAACAUUUCACAUAACUCAUUUACUGUCGCUCUGUCCUGUGCAAAUGGAACAUUUGUGGCACAUCAUUUUUAGGCCCUGGAUAUAAAUACAUGAGUUAAGACUGUGUAGCUCAGGAAGUGUUGGGGAAGUGUGGCUAUUAUAUAAGACAAGGGCAAAGUUAAGGAUCAUUUUUAUUAGGCUGUAGAGAAAUGUCUAUUUUUACUUACACAGAGUAUAAAUCAUUUACCAAAUUGUUUUCUAACGUAUUGGAAAAAUGUGAUGGACUUAUCAGGAUUCAUAAUGGAAUUAUAAUAGAAUUGAUGAAUGCAACAGCCGCCAACAGCUUUGUGUUUACUGUGGCUCAGAUGAAAAUGUGUGAGGGAUUGUGCAAGUGGCCAAAGCAUCCUGCUGCACUAAUUGCUUAGACAUGAAGCAUUGUGAGUCUAACACCAGCAUCUAAAGUCAUGUGCCAUAGUAAGGCUUUAGUAAGGCUAUAGUGAGGCUUUAGUGAGGCUUUAGUGAGGAGAAGGAGACCUGACUGUGAACUGGGACAAACAUGGACUGUGUAGAAUCUGUGACCAUGCUCUCAACACUACACCUGAAGCGUAUCUUCAGCGAUGUAAACACAUGCUCUUCAUUAUUUAGUCAUGGUAGUAUUGAUUUCCCAAAUGAAUGAUUCUAUGCAUCAACUUCAGAAACCACUCAGACAGAGACCUACACACCAAAUUACAGCAUAGUACUUCAAGUAUCAAACUCAGUAUUUUAUGAACAUAUCUGUAAACUCAAGUAGGACUUUCAGUUAAAUGUGCAGUUCAAAGUCACAGUUACUGUAGGAAAUUACUGUAUUUGCUACUUUCUCAUCUUGGUUGUGACGUUUCAAAUAGGUGCAACUUGUGAGACCAAAAACAUGAAUGUUUUUGCUGUGAAUAUUCAGAGAACCAGAAUCUGCAACACAACAUUAUAGCUGCAAUACUGCUCACUCAGUGGUACACAUGUACUGUAUGCAUUCAUACUAAAUAUUUCGAGUACUUUCACGAUACAUUUCUGGAUAGGAGAAUUGUGAAUGAUGUCAUAGUAGUUCCAAAGAUAUAAACAGUUUAAAUUACUAUUUUUGUUCCAUUUGAUCUUAACGUGGUUUCAGCCUAUGCAAGGUUUCAGCUAUAGUUUAAAACACUGAUAUUUUUGGUCAAGCGAACACAUCUCACUGGUUCUCCCUGUUGGUUUGAUUCAAUACACUUAUUUAUAUCUAUGAUGCACUGAUGUGUAUGUAGCGAAAAAGUUUUAUUUGACUUAUACUGUUUUAUGUUGACUUUCUUACUACAGAGAACAUACAAAUCAAACAUAGCACGCGUCAUUCACAUAUUUUUACAAACUCGAUCUGUUAACAGUGUGUUUUGCAGGUACUGGUUCUCUCCAAAUGUUGUGAGUGAUGCAUUAACAUAUUAACAUGACAAAUCUCGUGGCAAUACUUGUGCGUAUGCUGAGAGAGUAGUGUUUAGAGAUGACAGUUAUUCUGGACCUCUGCAGUGUCCACUUGGACUGUGCCAAAUACAUGAGGCGUUCAGUGACACCCCGGACUGUAUUGACAAAUGAGAUCUAUUUAUUAUACUCAAAAUCAAAUCUAUAAGAAGAAAUAUUUAGAGAUAUUUUAAUUCAUUGACUUUUUCACAUUUUCCACGUUGUUUCUUUUUUCUACUGUCGUCAGAUGUGCCAUUAACAAAUCACCCCAAGCAAUUACAUUUGAAACUCUACUAAACUUUUCCAUGUUUCAGAGCUAAUUCUUUUAUUCUCAGUUGUCAUUGUGGAGGCCAUUUUAUUUGUGGGGCAUAGUUUUAAUACUGUCAUGUUGCCAAACUCUAUCUAACGGUUUCUGAGUCAAAUACCUAACACGAGGCUCUCAGUAGAUGAUGACAAAUAACUUUUUUGGCUCUUGUUUAUACUGAUUUCAACAGCAGAGACAAACACAGAGUUGAUACAUGUCCCUGGUCCGCUAAUAAAAAUAUGCAUAUUUUUAUUUUAUGGUUUUAAUUUAGUCAUGUAUAAUUAAUUUUACUUUAAAAACAAAUGACCACAGAACAGUAGCUUCCAUGAUGCUUGACCACCAGCAUUAAAGGCGCUGUACCUGAUUUUUAUUGUUUAAAAAAUGUGAGAAACUGCUCAUUUAAAACAGUUUGCAGUGGUCCAAAGUUAUUCCUCAUCUCCAAUGAUUCUCCGUAAUGUCUUUAUAAGCACUUUUCACAACUAUCAGAGUCCACAGUGGAGUUUUGCUGUUGUGUUAAAGCAUGCUAACAGCACACUUCCUGAUUAUCAGACAAUAAAACACUUCAUAAUUAGAUGCAGACAGCACGCCGCAGACAUAAUUUGACCACAAGAGCUGCUUAUACAACAUAUAUCUACUGCUCAAAUACUUGGAUAAAAUCAGGUACAGGGUCUUUAAGUAAAAAAAUGAUAAAGGAAUAUCCCUCGAAGAGCUGAAUUGAAGGGCAGUGUUUGCAGAACCUUGGUCUCGUAGCAUUUCAUACCAGUACAAUAGUGACCACAGGCUAUUUCAGGACAUUCUGACCUGUGCUUGGCUCUGUUGUUGAUCUCACUUUUGGAUUUGCUGACUUGGAGACUGCUGUUAGUUUAUGAUGGACAAAA